CUUUGUUCGACAUUUGAAGCUGCACAAAGAACGAUUUGAACAAUACCAGAUGAACAAAAGUGCCACAAGUGAACCACAACAGUCUCCAAUCUCACAGUUCAUGGAGACCCGUGUAGGGAAGUACAGCAUGAAUCAUCCACAGCAGAACGCAAUCAACAAUGCAAUACUGUCCGACCUGGUUAUCGAUUGCAACUUGCCUCUGUCUAUUGUGGAAAACAAGAGUUUUCGUCACUUCCUGUCAGUGGUUGACAGUAAGUACAGCCCAGUGUGUCGCAGAACAUUGACAUCAAAAGUAGAGAACCUUGCUACAAAGAGACGUUCAAAACUGAAAACUCAGUUGAGCAACACAGACCAUGUUUCAGUCACAGUGGACAUUUGGUCCGACCGAAAGAUGAGGGGGUUCCUUGGUGUCACUGUGCACUGUAUGGAGAAAGAUGGAGAGAGAUUACAGCUCAAGUCCAAUCUCUUGGCUUGUGACCGCUUCAAAGGCCCACACAUGGCCGAAAGAAUCUGUGAGCAAUUUGAGGCCAUAUGUGAUGAAGUACAUGACGAAGAUCACCUUGAUGACCCAGAGCUCUGGAAUGACCUAACCCCGGAAGACCAGCAAAUAGUGGAUGCUGCUAUUGGAACAACAAAACAGCGCUUGCAGUGUUUUGCCCACACUCUCCAGCUGGUGGUGGGAGACGGCUUGAAAGAAACAAAAGUGAUGACUCCUUCUCUUUCAAAGUUAUCAAAAAUCAGCUCACUGCUGCAUACAAACACAACACUCAAAGAGGUGUUUGAGGCUGAAUUUGGGGAAAGAGGGAUCCCUGCUGCUGUCAACACAAGAUGGAACUCAACACUGAGACAAGUGAAGGCAGUUAUCCAAUGUGACCAUCGAAAGCUCAGUCAUGUUCUUGAAAAGGCUGGGCACAAGGAGUUGUUGUUCACAGUACAGGAGUGGAAUAAGUUGAAGGAGUUGGUGGACAUCCUGAAGCCAUUUGGAGAAGCAACAGAUAUGACACAGGGGGAGAAGAUAGUCACAAUCAGUUCUGUUGUUCCCUCCGUCCUGUCCCUGAAUCACCACCUGGAGCAGCGGAAGCCUCAAGUCCAUUUCCUGAGCGGCCUGGUCAGAAGUCUCCAGGCAUCCCUGAACAAAAGAUUUCUUGGAAUCUUCAUCAAUGUGAAAAUGGCCAGGAAACAAGAUGGAAUCACUGCCCCCUUUUCAGAUCCAGUCUACCUCAAAGCAGCUGCCUUGGAUCCGGCUUUUUCUCUGAUGUGGGUGGAGCACCAUGUGCUGGUCAAGGAGGAAGUCAAGGAGGAGGUGGCACAAAGAGUGAAAGAACUGAUUCUGCAAGAUGCUGCAGGGACUGAGCAAGCUGUGCCUCUUGUUGAUGAGGAAGAGCGAGAGGACCAUAGUCUUGGACAAGAAGAAGGGCUGUUUGCAGCAUACUGUAAGAGGCAGAAGAAAGCUGUUGGGACCACUCCAGCACUACAGCUAAGUCACUACCUUGACAUAUGCGAAGGACAGAAUGCCCUCUUGUUCUGGGCAAUGAACAGGAAGGCUCUUCCUUCACUGUCCCGAGUGGCCAUCAGGGUCUUGGCAGUGCCUGCCUCCAGUGCUCCGGUGGAACGUGUCUUCAGCCAUGGUGGCAUCAUACUGCGGCCUCAUCGUGCACAAAUGACUGAUAGACUUUUAUCGAAUUUGGUCUUUUGCAAAUGCAAUGCAUCAUAGGGUCCGGAGAUAAGAUAAUUUUUUUUAACUGUUUAUGCAUUACACACACACACACACAUAGCCUCCAUGUUCAGGUUUUAUCUCCCAUCUUUGGGAUCUGUAUUUUUUUUUCUAGGACAUUCAGGCCAGUGUUCAAACUGUAGGCCUACUUGAAGUUCAGUAUCAGUUGUUUAGAUGUACCUUUUAAUAAAUGAUUGUAACUUUAGGAUUGUUUUAGGUGUCGAGUAUAUCUGGAGAGAGAGAACACUAGAAUAUUUUGUUUUUGUCAUAUUGAUGUCUGGCUCAUGGCUA